AGAAAGAGAAGAAGCAUAUUAAUAUCAUAAUGGCUACAGUGAUGGAGAGGGAUUCAUUGAUGACUGAAGCUGAAAAGGCACCGGUUACUACACAGAGAAGGGUCAGAAAUGAUUUGGAAAAUUCUCUGCCAAAGCCAUACACCUCUAUAUGUAUAAACAUGCCCAGAGCAUUGAAAGCUCCUGAUGCAAGCCACCCUCAAGGAACACAGGGCCACAAGCACAAUGACUUGUCUGUUCUUCAGCAGCAUGUUGCUUUUUUUGAUCAAGAUGGCAAUGGUAUCAUUUACCCUUGGGAGACUUACAGGGGGAUGCGUUCUCUUGGAUUUAAUAUUGUUGCAUCUGCUAUAAUGGCCAUUGUUAUCAAUAUUGGAUUGAGUUUCCCCACUCAGCCUAGUUGGAUCCCUUCUCUCCUUUUCCCCAUCUACAUACAUAACAUACACAAAGCAAAACAUGGAAGUGACUCUGGAGUUUAUGACACAGAAGGACGUUAUGUGCCAGCGAAUAUUGAGAACAUGUUCAGUAAGUAUGCUCGUACAGUUCCGGACAAGCUCACACUUGGGGAGAUGUGGGAUCUGACAGAAGGAAACCGAAAUGCGUUUGACCCAUUUGGGUGGUUGGCUGCUAAAUUUGAAUGGGGGGCUCUGUACAUUCUGGCUAAGGAUGAGGAAGGCUUCCUGUCUAAAGAAGCUGUAAGAAGAUGCUAUGAUGGGAGCUUGUUUGAAUACUGUGCUAAAAUGCAUGCAGGUUCUGCUGAUGCUAAGAUGGGUUGAAUGUUGAAUUGGAUUACGUUAGUUACUGGGUUGGUAGUGUAAUGUGACACCAAAAAAUAACACUUGUUAGCAUCUUGUGAUCUGGGAUAAGGAUUGAUACAAUAAAUAAAAGAGUUAAGUUCAUGUC